ACGGAUGCCUCACUUUGCACUCCGCAAAUAGAUCCACUCUGUGUAUACAUCUUGGAUUCUGUCAACCCGGAGUCACCGGGGAUUAAGUACGUAUAAAUUGCUAUAUCAUGUCCAGCUAAUAUAGCAAAGAAAUGUCUGGUAUAAGCAAUUAGUAAAUGUGCCUGUUAAUUAUUUGUCAAAUGUAUCUCGGUUAAGAAGGGGUGAGGUCGUGAGGCGGGAUACAUCAUGCUUUGCGGUGUAAACGUUAUUUGUUAUUAUCGGCUCUGGUGACUCGUCCGAAGUUAAUCGAUACAGAUUUGUUGACUCCACAAUGAACUACAGUGCUUUGGGUGAUGAAGAAUGGCCCGGUUCCGACGUAAGCAGUGUGCGGCUUUGCUGGCUGUGGUCCUGCUCGUGCUCAUCGUGACUGUAGCGCUCAAGUUGCUCGCCCCGGAAGACAAUGCGUUUCCAGAUGGCAAGGAGCUUCCCCUGGACCAGAAAGACGAGGCGAAGGAGAGCGACGUCCGACCCGGGUUGAGCAAAGCCGCCCGAUCGGAAGAGGAUGACAAACUGGCGGCCAUACUAAGCAAGUUCCCCCCGCCAAACUACUAUCUUCACGCCUUCUACUACAUCUGGUACGGCAACCCCAGCUUUGACAGCAAAUACAUCCACUGGGACCACCCACGGAUGCGGCACUGGGACCCCAAAGUGGCUGAGAGGUAUCCACAAGACAGGCACAUCCCGCCUGAUGACAUCGGGGCCAACUUCUACCCGGAGCUGGGGCCUUAUAGCUCCCGGGACCCGGCUGUCAUGGAGGCCCACAUGCAGCAGCUGCGUACAGCUGCCAUUGGGGUCAUCGCCGUUUCCUGGUACCCGCCUCAUACCAAGGAUGACAACGGCCAGCCGAUCGAUGACAUUGUGCCGCAGCUCCUGGACAUGGCACAGCGCUACCACAUUAAGGUGACUUUCCACAUUGAGCCCUACAAAGGGAGAGAUGAAGUCAACAUGCAUGGCAACGUCAAAUACAUUAUUGACAAAUACGGCGAACACCCGGCCUUCUUCCGCUACCGCACCGACAUGGGUAAGUUCCUCCCCCUAUUCUACGUGUACGACUCGUACCUGCUGAACACGGAGCAGUGGGCCCGGCUGCUGCGGCGCACGGAGAGCGGCGGCAUCCGCGACACCCCGCACGACGCCGUCUUCCUGGCCCUUCUGGUGGAGGAGAAGCACCAGCGCGAGGUGCUGAGCGCCGGCUUUGACGGCAUCUACACCUACUUCGCCACCAACGGCUUCACCUACGGCGCGACACAGCGCAACUGGCAGGCGCUACGGGCCUUCUGCCGCGACAACGGCCUCCUCUUCGUCCCCAGCGUGGGACCGGGCUACGUGGAUACGGGCGUGCGCCCGUGGAACUUCCAAAACACCAGGAACCGCAUCAACGGCAAGUACUAUGAGACCUCGCUGAGCGCCGCGCUGGAGGCCAAGCCCGAUUUACUUUCCGUCACGUCCUUCAACGAGUGGCACGAGGGCACGCAGAUCGAGACGGCCGUCCCCAAAAGCGGCUCGGUGCUCUAUCUGGACUACUUGCCGAAUAAACCGACCAUCUACUUGGAGAUUACGCGUAAGUGGGCCGCCAUAUUUGGCGACGAGCGAGGAAGACGGCGGGAGUGAUCCGCCCGGGACUUGAGGGGCUUUCCAAUGGUCACAUAGGUGGGGCACGGGCGGAUCUCUGCUGUGAAGAGCAAAAAUCUCUGAGUCAUUGACACCCCACCCAAAAAAAUGUUCUGAUGACUUGCAUAUGCCACAAGAUGGAGGCUAAGGUCUUAAACUGAAAGGACCAUAAAGCAUCAACACUGCAUUUAGCAUGUAUGCAAUCAUGAACCCAAGGGAGAUAUUGAUGGUACUUUCAAUAUUAAUAAAAAUAAAUGGUGAUUAUCAUUUAAUCCA